UUUUUCAGAGAUUGAGCACAAAUUCUGUAGUCAUAAUCCCCUCUGACAGCGAGGCAACCUCUUCUGACAGUGAAACCCCCCCCCUGAUGUUUCACAUGGCAAACUAGUCAGAAUAAAAAAUGAAUUUCCUCCUUUGCAUGAAAUCUAUGAGAUUCCAGAUGAUGAUAAUAUUGAGGUCACCUUCACAUCCGAGAACACCUCUCAACUCGUUACGUCUGGAACAAAUAAAGAAAACACCCCAGUUUUCGAACGUCCAGUUAGAGGAUACACAGCACAACGGCUGCUAGAGAUCAUAGUAGGAAAACAGGUUUGCGAUAAAAAUAUAUGUAAACAAGUCCCUCGAGCUGUACGCACACAUGCUGCCUACGUUGUUGACAUGGAAGCCCUUGGUUGCAGUGACAUUUUAUCCUUUGGAGAUGAUAAUGGCAGUUGGGGAGGUCACACCAAGCCACGUCGGAAGUACAGGAUUGAAGAGUCAGAGGAAGGAGGCAUUACAAGUUCAAAAGUAUACAAGCCAGAUGAUAGCUGCCUGCCUGACCCGGAAGAUGUGUAUACACUUUACCGGAAUUAUUUUCAGCACAGUCACACACCUACAUUCCGAAAGGUCAUUGCAACGGUGUAUGACUGGAAGGGAAACACGCUGCCUCUUGCAGUUGUGCAGUAUUUUUUUGAAGGAGGUAUUGAAGUACCUAUCAAGUUAGCUAGGCAUGGAAAUGCUAAAGGACAGGAUGCUAAAGCUUACUUGAGAACAUCUCGACCGGUCCUUCAGAAGAUAAAAGAUAAGUGCAAAACCAUGUCAUGCAAAAGGGCUGUAGACGAAUGUUAUGAAGAAGGUGGAGGAAGUAUUGGCUGUACGUCAGUGGCAGAUGUUUCAAGAAAUAGAAAACAAGCAUAUAAUCAAAAGAUGCAUAAGAAAGAUCCUCAUUUUCCUCAAUCUGCGAAACGUCAUGACUUCUAUGAUGUUUUGGAACUUCUCAACAAAGGAACGUUUGUCAGAGACUUCGGGUUUGGCAAAUCAUCAGCAUCGCAACAAACGCAGCCAAGGUCUUUUCAGGCAACGGAAUUUCAACUCAACCAACUUUCGAGAAUAUGCUGUUCUCGCAGGUUCAGUGCAAUCCUUAGCAUCGAUGCGACGUUUAAUUGUGGCCCGUUUUACGUUACCAUGACAUCAAAACUCACAACAUUGUCCUUUGGGAAAAAUGCAAGGCAAGCAAUAUUGAAUUCCAUCUUUGGUAGAAGAAUCGGUGCCAUGCGGGAAAAAGGACUUGCUCAUGCCGGCAGCGCUGAUGAAUUUGAUAGCAUGCUACAGCAGAUGAAAAAAGAGUGGUGUGAAGUGGAAAGUACCCAACGCAGUUGA